GUGUUGUGGUAAAAUGAACAGAAGAUGUGCGACUCACCCCCUCCUCCAGAAGCUGUUGACUGACUGACUGAUUACUGCCUGAGAGUCACUUCCACCAGCAACAAAGCAGCACAAGCAGCGGCAGUACUGACGUAAACAUUGCAAUACACAGCGCAUUACAAGCAUAAGGCAUCGGGAUAAACUGAAAAAUAGCAAGACGGGGAUGGGAAAUGACUGCUUCGGAAAAGUGAGGAUCUCGGUGAGGUGCAUCCCUCUGGUUCAAGUGGUGUAAUCUGAGGCAAUCAAGAACAGUUACGCUCUGAAAUGCAAUGAAUUCUGGAAUAAUUGUUAUGACAAGAGCUGCUGCAGGGCGCCGCAUUGCCUGGCCGCUUGUUGGUUCGUUGUGAACGUGUAAAAAUAAAAGAAAAAUGACUCAUUUGCAAGCUGGCUUGUCCCCCGAAACACUGGAGAAAGCCAAGGUGGAGCUGAAAGAGAACCCAGACACUUUGCACCAGGACAUCCAGGAGGUGAGGGAUAUGAUCAUCACCCGUCCAGACAUUGGCUUUCUCAGGACAGACGAUGCCUUCAUCCUGCGAUUCCUCAGAGCGAGGAAAUUUAACCAUUUCGAGGCGUUCAGGUUACUCGCUCAGUAUUUCGAAUACCGCCAGCAGAAUCUGGAUAUGUUUAAGAACUUCAAAGCAACAGACCCGGGCAUUAAACACGCUCUGAAAGAUGGCUUUCCAGGAGUGCUAUCCAAUCUGGACCACUAUGGCAAGAAAAUCUUGGUUCUCUUUGCUGCAAACUGGGACCAGAGCAGGUAUACAUUUGUAGAUAUUUUGCGGGCCAUCCUUUUAUCCCUGGAAGCCAUGAUUGAAGAUCCAGAGUUGCAGGUAAACGGAUUUGUGUUGAUCAUAGACUGGAGCAACUUCACCUUCAAGCAAGCCUCAAAACUAACGCCAAGCAUGCUGCGCCUAGCCAUAGAAGGGCUUCAGGAUAGCUUUCCUGCUCGAUUCGGGGGAAUUCAUUUUGUUAAUCAGCCCUGGUACAUCCACGCUCUCUACACCGUCAUACGGCCUUUUCUAAAGGAAAAGACAAGGAAGAGGAUAUUUAUGCAUGGAAACAAUCUGAACAGCUUGCACCAGCUUAUUCACCCUGAGAUCCUGCCUUCUGAAUUUGGAGGGAUGCUGCCACCGUAUGACAUGGGCACCUGGGCUCGAACGCUUCUAGACCACGAGUAUGACGACGAUCCUGAAUACAACCCAGAAUCUUACAACCUGGCAGUGGAAGAGCUGGAAAAAGAUUUAUCGCCGAAAGCCAUGAAGAGAUCACAGUCAGUGGUGGAACCUGGAGUCUUAAAGCGUCCGGAUAAGGAAAAAAGUGAAGAGGAAAACUUGCAGCCUUUACUUUCACUUGACUAAUCACUUACAUAUACAACGAUUGUUCCACAAAUGGGGGGUACACAUGGCAUUCCUGAACAAGCAACAUAAUGGAAAUAAAUGAGGGAAGAUAAUGAAAAAGAACUGACAGCAGUUUUUGGUAUGGAUGCUGCAAAAAUAAAUUUGACCGUGAUUAUUCUAAACGUCUAGGUGCUGCAAAUGAAUGAAGGAAUCAAUAUUUUAUUGUUAAGUGCCAAUAUAAAAUUGUAAAUACACUUGAGUUCUACACUUUUGAUUUCUGAAUCAUUGUAACACUGUCCAGACUGAAUCUGGAAAUGUGUAAUAGUUGUGAACUAUCCCGUAACAAAUUGUUGGUUAAAAGAAACAGACACACACACACACACACACUAAAAGAAAAACGGUCAGGUCUGUUUUGUUUCUAGCCUAUUUAAUGGUGGGUACAACUCAGAAUUUAAAUAAUAAGAAGGCUUGUAUAAGUUGCACUUACAGUGAUGGCAUUGUCAAAAUCAUGUGGGUCUUUUACCAUUAUCACAUUUAGGGCUCCAGUAAAAUAUAUGCUGGUAGAAUGUUGUGAAACUUCAUAUUGAUGACUGCAGUAUGUAAAGGUGUUUAUUAUCAUUAUGAAUGUUGUACUACUCCUUCACUGAAGUCUAUGUAGUUUAAACCUAAACCCAAGUUUCUAUGUCUUAAAGCAGACCUCCCUUUACGUUGAAAGCCAUACUAUAUUCAAUUAGGUAAAUACUUAUUCUUAAGAACUCGUAUCACAAUGGCAACUUUUAAAAACCAAUGAGUUCACCUGCAGUUAUAAUGUAUGUCAGUUCUAUAUUGCUGCCCACAUAAAGAAAUAUUCGUCUUCACAAAAAAUCUUGUUUUCAAACCGUACAAUAAUCAAAUAUUUUUCAAACGUGUGAUCCAAAAAUAUCAGACCUUUUUAAAAAAUAAAUCAUGUAAACCACUCCCCCUGUACCCCCCCCCCCCCCCAUACAUUAUUUAAAAAAAAAAAAUCUAAAGGAGUCAAUACAUUAUUUUAAAAAGUAUCACACUUCCAACUGCAUCACUAUUCUUGUAUGAGGAUACAGUAUAUGGUAUUCUCAGCUAGGGCUGUGGAAAUAAUCUUCAGAGGAAUUACCUUUAGGAAUGUGUUUUUGUAAGCAGUUAUUAAAUUCAACUAAACAAGCCUAUUCAUUAAUGUGUUAAUUUCACAACAAGAAAAGCUGACUUCCCCUUAACUUUACAAUUGAGUACCAAUCAAUGGCAAUUAACUUCUGCAUUCAGUGAGUUCAAAGCAGCUUCAAAGCAAAUUCUCCUUCCACACCAGGCACUGGCAUUCUUACAGGGUUCUCCCCAGGCCUGUUCGGCUGAAAAAACCCGAUCCGCCCGUCUUGCAGAUGCCACUGUGCCUUUAACAAUAAGGAUUGACUGCGCUUCUAGCAGACUAGAUCAGUUGCGUGUUGCUGGGUGAAAAAAUAUAAUCUUGGAACCACAUGCUGUGUUACGACUUGACAUACAAAUCAGAAAGUUGAAGGGGCGGGUUUUCUGUGUUAAGCACUUCGAGAGGCUAAAACGUUAAAAAUGACUGCUAAAAAAAUAACCAAUUAUUUUCAAAGCAAAAAUAGUGACACUGAAUGCAGGGGGUCAAAAUAAGCUGGCGAUCUGCGCAAUCCACCGCCUAAUACUAUAUUUGCGCCCGCUACUUUAUUAAAAAAUUAUUAAGAUUAUUUUUGGGUAUUAUCAUUCAGUCCAGGUGAUAUAUAAUACAUAAUGUGCAUAUGCACCAAAAAAAAAAAAAAAAAGCGUAUUCCUUUUGUUGUGAUAUCGUAACAAUAUGUACCCAGCUGCUUGUGAGAGGUAUUGGGGGUUCAUCUAUAGAUAUGAUGGUGACCAAACGUGUGUGAGUACUGUUGUGUUAAAAUGAACAGUUGCAUUCAAAAAAUGUAGAACAGCGAAAAAACAAAAAUAGACAUGCAUUAACAAAAUGCCCUGAAAACUCAACAUAAAGAAAACAAUUUAAAUGAAGCAAUGAGCUCAAUAAUUAAGCUAAAAAGGAAGUGAAAAGGUUAUCUUUUUUUUCUGCGAACUCCAAAAACCCUACGUUAUCUUUCCCCAGUCAAAUCGUAGAGUGCCUAAAUAAGCACGGUAAUUUACCAUAAUAAAAAACAGUAAUUAAAAGAAAAUGUAGAACAUAAAAAAAUGCAACCAGAUAUAGUCAACGAAAGACAACACAUUAUUCAAAUUCUUUGUCGUAUUAUAUAUUUAAGGUAAGGCAAGUUUAUUUUUUUGAUAAAAGUGAUCCUGGCUAUAAUGUUCUGCUGCCCGGCUGUACAGAAUUCCUGGGAAGAAUCCUGUCUUACAUCCAUACUGCUGUACCAAGGCUGUAAACUGACAAGGAAAAUAUGACACUAAACUGGAAAAUGCAUACAAUUGACCUUUCCUUAAACCAAAUUUAGAACUAAGAUACCGCUGUGGAUACUGGGAUAUGUAUUUCUAUGUCGAGAUUCAAUCUGUGUGUCAAUAAACCAUGAUAUUUUCUUGCCCAGUAAUUUGCCCAAUCCCACAAUUCACCGCAGAGAUGUUGCAUUUCCAAAGACGCAAGCAAAGUGAAAUCAAAGUGAUUUGAUAUCAACAGGAGAAAAGAAAAGUACGAAAUAAUCGCAGAUCAUGACAGGUUAUAUAUUAAAUCUCACUGUCACAUUAUUAUUGCUUAGUACUCAAAAACUGUAAACAAAGGCAACCCAAGGGAAUGCUUUCGUUGUGUUGAGUUAAUAACAGAUUGUUUUCCAUUUCAUUAUCACCAACUUAAAACAUCUUGAAGGGAUGUUCUCUGGAAAUGUGUGUAUCUGCACACCCAUAUUCUCCACUUAAAUCUAUGAGUAAUAGUGUGUUAAAGUUGCAGAUUCCAUUCUGUAUAUAGAGCUGGUGUCCUAAUAUUUUGAGUAGUAUAUUUGCUACUGAGGGAGUCACUUUUUGUUGUCACAGUUUAUGAGGGGGUUGAUUUCGAUUGAGCUUAGGGAAUGAGCUCACAACAUUUUAGUAUGUUGGCAGCUGAUAUUUAAAGCCAGUAGUAAAUGAAUGUACAGUACCUUGCAUCUCAUUUCAAUGUAAGCCAUUAUAGCCUAGUACAAGGAACUGUCUCUGUCAAUUUAGUUGUAUUAUUUUUUGUAUUAUUAUUUUUUUGUGUUUUGCUUUUGUUUCCUUUUCACAGAAAAGAUUGUUCAUAUCCUAGUUAUAGGAUAACAUAAUUUACACAUAAUAUUGUGUGACCAUUUUCAUAGACAUGUUCAAAAAUACUAACCAUAUAUAUUUCUAUUUAUCUGCCAUCUUGUAUUACUGUUCAUGUUUACUGAUGUAAAAAAAAAAAAAAAAAAAAGCUGACCUUGUGGGAUUACUGAAUUUAGGAAGUCAAUUAUGGAAUCCCAAAAUGUAACCUUUACCACUGUGUGUGGUAACAAUUAAGGUACACUGGAUGUAUAUUUGUGCUGUCUUACAAAAUGAGACUCCAUAUGAUUGCUUAUCACUAUCUAAACAGAUCAGUUAUAGAAUGUAGAUCAUUCGAAAAAAAAAAAUUUUGGUACAGUACACGUGUCUCACAGUCAAAGUGACAAAUAACUCUUAUCAGCAGAACAGCAGCAAUGAACUGUGCACUACAGUCAGGUGGGAUGUUAGGUUAUUUGUGGGCAGAAUGUUCACUCAAAAGAACAAGAUGUUAUUUUCUGAUGUGGUUAAACUGCAGUGUCGUUCUCUGUGAACAGCAAACCGCAGCACCGCUUUUCAAUUGUUUUAGUGAAGCUUCUGAUACAAUUCAGUGCGUGACUAGCCUGCAAGCCUCAGCUCUCAAAUGCCUAUUAAAUGUUAUAAACACUGGCUCUAAUAACUGCUGUGAAUUGUAGCAGUUAUUAGGUCUACUGGAAACUGGAUAAUCGUGCUGGAAAUGUCAGCUCUAACGCUGUCAUAGUGUUUAAAAUUAAGACACAGAUAGCACUUCUCAAUGCUUUAGGCUGUAAAGGGUACUAUGUUGUAUUAUCAGUGUUACACAGUAUUUUUGGACAGUGUUAUUGUAUUAUUAAAACAUACUGUAUUGACUGAUCAAAAAAAAACAUGAAAUGAAGGUGUUUUCAAUUAUUCAGUGUUAUGAUGUAACUUGCUACCUUUAGACAAUAACAUUGAUCUUUGGGUCUAUUUAGAAUGGUGUAUUCCACAGGCUUUAUGAUUAAAGACUUCGUAUUUAUUGAUUGCACACCUGUCUGUUCCAUCCAUAUAGUAACUCACAUAAUGCUUUGCAGUUUCAUAAAUGUUCACUAGCAGCCAGUGGGUUGCUAUUAGGAAUGGCCUUAGAGGUAGGCUACUCCUUGUUGUGUGUUUCUUGUAGUGACUGUACAUUUUAGGGUAUUAAAAUGGUUUAAAUCGUUUUAUUUUAGCAGUGAUAUCGUAUACAGUAUCUUGCUACAACGCCAAAUGUAUUAUUGUUGCUUAAGUUGGGAGUUCAUAAAAAAAUAAAAACAAUAACAACAAUGAUUUGAUCUUCCAGUUGUAGUAUGGGCGGCCUAUGGAAAAAGCCCAAGAGAACGCUUAUAUUGGAGAAGGCCAUUGUUCUUCCCCAAGGAGUUAAAAUAGCUGAUGAAUAAUUCCAUGUCUUACCUGCUUGCAUCUCUGUUCACUAUAUAGGUCUGAAAUGUGCAAUUUGGAAAGCAGCACAAUUUACUAAAACAUAUUAUUUUCAUUUUUAAGCACGAUAUGUGAUACUACACUGGAUUAACCUUCAGCAGAACACCUUGUGGAACAUAAUGAUUACAAAAAAUAAAAAAUUCUGUUUACAA